UGAGGGGCAGUGUCUGGGACCUUGGGUGGUGUGGGCCCUGGGGUCAGAUGUAUGGGGCAGAAUCCAGGGCUCUUGGGUCAGGGUUCUAUCAGGAAACCCCUUAGGUGGGAUGAAUGGGGUGAGCCUAGGUUCAGCUAACUGGCUGGCUAGGGAGGGAGGAGUUAAAUGGUACUGCUGUCACCUGAGCUGGGCAUCAGGUUACCUGUGUCCACGUUCUGCUUGUUGGAAGGUAGAGCUGAGCCUGCUCCUGGGCCUCUGGCUGCCCAGGAGCCAGGGAGAGGGCUCUCACUGGGGAUCCUCACUGACUAUCCCCAGGCUCACAGCUAUGGCCCUGCCCCCACCUCUGGGCCCUAGACUCCUCUCAGAGCCCCUCAACCACCCCCCUGGAGGCCUUAGGGAACUGGACAUGGCUGGAUGUACCAUCUGCCCUGCAUCUGGAGAGGAGAGAAACAGAUUGCCAACACCCUCUUCCAGUGAGGACCCAGCUGGGGGCAAACACUGUGAGCACCUCAGCUCCGGCCAGGAGGUAUUGGAGGCCGAGCAGGACAGCCUAGCCCUAUGCCUGUUGGGGCUGGGCCUCCGGCUGCAGGACCGAGAGCAAGGCCUGGGGCCCUGGGCAUCAGCCCGGAGCAGGAUGGGCCAGCUGCAGGCCCUCCAGGCAGACCUGCGUGGGGCAGCGGAGCGUGUAGAUGCCCUGCUGGCGUUCGGUGAGGGGCUGGCACAGCGGAGUGAGCCUCGGGCCCGGGCAUCCCUGGAGCAGGUCCUGAGGGCCCUCAGAGCCCACCGAGGCAGCAUCUUUCGGCGACUGUGGUGGCUGCAGGCCCAGCUGGUCAGCUCUAGCCUGGUAUUUGAGGAGGCCAACCCACUGGAUCAGGACUUGGAAGUCGAGGGGGACUUGGACGGGCCAGGACCUGGUGGGGUCUGGGGGCCCUGGGCACCCAGUAGCUACCCCAGUCCCGCAGAGUUGGAGUGGGACCCGGCAGGGGAUGUUGGACGCCUCAGGCCCUUGGGGCAAAAGACAGCCUGGACACCAGGAGCUCGCUGUGAGCUGUGUGGCCACAGAGGCCCCCAGAGCGGGGGACAAGGCCUUGAGGACAUGCUCAUGUCGGGCUUCAACCACUGGAAACACUUGGCAGGUCACCAAAGAUGUUCCCUGCUCCAGAAGUCUCAGGACAAGAAGCAGGCAUCUCCCAAUCUCCAGGACGUGAUGUUGGAGGUAGACCCUGGAGCCCCUCCUCCUGCAUCCGGGCACUGCCUGACCUUCCUCCUCCUCCUCCUCUUCCUUUUCCUGGUGGGUGUCACCUUGCUCCUGCCACCGUCAGGGGGCUCCUGCUGCUGUCCUGCCCGACUGGCCAGGACACCUUACCUGGUGCUCAGCUAUGUCAAUGGUCCCCCCCCAAUCUGAGUACAUAGCCCGGACAUAUGUA